AUGACCGCACCACACCACCCCCGCGCCGCGCGCUCCCCGCCAAGAUUCGCCAGGCGGCCUCGUCUCCUCCCAUCGAGGGAGAGGGAGAGGCACCGGCCCCAUCGCAUGGGAGCGCGGUCGACGGCGACCGCGGGGGAGGCGGUGGCGAGGCGGGGCGGCCGGAAGAAGGGAGCCAUGGCGCCGUCGGUGGGCGGCGUGGAGGCGGCGUCCGCGGCGGCGGCGAUGGCGGGCGGCCGGCGCAGCAGGGCCCCGCCGCGGCUGGUGGGCUACGAGGAGCUCCCCGAGUACCUUAAGGACAACGAGUACAUCCGCGGCCACUACCGCGUCGAGUGGCCCAUCCGCGACGCCCUCCUCAGCGCCUUCUCCUGGCACAACGAGACGCUCAACGUCUGGACGCAUUUGGGCGGGUUCCUGCUGUUCCUGGCGCUCGCCGUCGCCGGCGGCGGCCCGGAGGCCGCCCACGACGCCGCGCCGGGGAUCAUGAGGUUCGUGGUGGGAUCAGCUAAUUCGUCGUGGAAGAGCGAUCAAUCGGGCCUGCCGGGCCAUGACGCAGCGGCGGCGGCCCUGGGCGGGCACGGGGUGCCGCGGUGGCCGCGGAUGGUGUUCCUCGUGGGCGCCAUGGCGUGCCUGGCCAUCAGCGCGACGGCGCACCUCCUCGCGUGCCACUCGCGCCGCGCCACCGUCGUCUUCUGGCAGCUGGACUACGCCGGCAUCUCCAUCAUGAUCGUCGCCUCCUUCGUCCCGCCCGUGUACUACGCGUUCCUCUGCCACCCGCCCGCGCGCGUCGCCUACCUCUCCGCCAUCACCGUCCUCGGCGCGCUCGUCGUGGCCGUGCUGCUCUCGCCGUCGUGCUCCUCGCCGCGGUAUCGCCGCCUCCGCGCCACGCUGUUCCUCGCCAUGGGGAUGUCCGGCGUCAUCCCGGCGGUGCACGCGCUCUGGAUCAACUGGGGCCACACCGCGUGCUACCUGGCCCUCGGGCUGGAGGUGGCCAUGGGGCUCGCCUACGCCGUCGGCGCCUGGUUCUACGUCAGCCGCGUGCCGGAGAAGUGGCGCCCCGGCGUCUUCGACGUCGUCGGCCACAGCCACCAGAUCUUCCACGUCUUCGUGCUCGUCGGUGCCAUCACGCACUACGUCGCCGUCGCCGUGCUGCUCGACUGGCGGGAGAAGGCGGCCGUCUCGUGCGGCGGCACGGCGUCGUAG